UAAAUAUCUUGCAAUCCCCGACAUCAGUCUACACAUACCAAUCUCACACCCUCAACCUAGACAUGUCGGCCCAUCACUACGCCACUGCUCUCGCCGAAGCGCUCGGAAGGUUAUCGAGGAUAUGCUGUCACUACUUGGGCGAUGAAUACAGCUCCAAACAGGAGCCAAAAGUAUCACCUGAGAAAGAUCUAGAGACCCGACAAGUCAACUUGAAUAAAGUUGAAGCCACUCUACUACCUGCGAUUCGUGACCUGGUCGUUGAAUUGCUCAAGGUUUUAGACUUACCUCCCAAAGAAUCGAUGUUUCCGAAGUCAAAGCUCAACGAUGCCUGGGAAAUCGUUCAUAGGCUCAGUAGUGUCUUGUAUAAACUUAGGUCGUCGGUCACUCCUCCUAACUACUUUAAUCACCAAAUUUAUCGAUUGACUCAGCAAAAUUAUGUAGAUUUGAAGCAGUUCAGAUGCCAACACUUGCAGAAGAAGAUUACCGAGCUCAUAGAAGACGAUCUCGGUCACUUAUUCAAUCACCUUUCCGGCUUUAUUUCUGUGGGGGAUUAUUACUACUCUGAUCACAAACCACCGGAGCCAUCCGGCAGACAACCCCGACUGCCGCCUAUGAGGAUUUUAAGCCAGUUCCAAGUGAACAUUGCCAGGAUUCUCAAAAACAUCCGCCGGUCUGACUUUGGUAUCCUCCAAUCCAUCUGGACUGAAAGUGAGAACCUUUUGGGCACCUACAUUCGCCAAGUUCUCGACUCAAUCCACCGCCUAAAAAUCCGACACCCCUUCAACACUGAGCCAAAUUCCAUCAGCCCCAUACCCCGUCAUCUUCAACGCUUGAAACAAACCAUCAUACUCCUCAGACUCGGCAGAAUCUUUUUCAAAAAAAUCGGUUCUACAUUACUCUUUAAAUUCAGUGACGAGAUGAGUACAGCCGAGCUGCAAUUUUUCAGUGGUCUUUCAAAUAGCAUCUCGUUCCAUCUAGCCUGGAUCACGUCCUAUGUGACAAAUGCUGCUGACCUUCAAGAGAUACCUCACGACCACUGGCGUAAUGAACGCACCAGCCAUCUAAUCAAAGAAAUCAACCACAGCUUAGAGUUCAUCUCCUCUCAUAUGAUCCCUUCUGAUCCCACUCAUACUGUUGAUGAUGUCAUGGACCAAUUGUUUGGUACUUUUAAAUCUGCAUUUUUUCCUCAUCUUGAUAACAUCAUGGCUGAUAUUUCUCGGUUCCAAGCUGGCAAUUGAAAAAUGGCUAGUGAAGAUGUCCCCUGUUUGUCAAGAUUGGACCGUGUUUUCAAAUGGAAGUCUCUGGACCCCAAUCGUACUGGC